CUCUCUCUCAUCUUAAUCUUUCUUUUUCCUUCAUUGCUCUCUCUCUGCUCUGUCUCUCACACAAAUCAGCCAUGGGUAAAGAACCACUUCUUCAGAAAGUUAGGAUUCAAGGAGACGACAUUGAAUCAGAUAAAGGGGUACGUGUAAAUGACGCCGACGGUGAUGGUCCUGUCACUUUUAUUCUACUCUUCACAACCUUCACUGCUCUCUGCGGCACCUUUUCCUAUGGCACUGCCGCCGGCUUUACAUCACCAGCUCAAACCGGGAUUAUGGCAGGACUGAACCUUUCUUUGGCUGAGUUCUCAUUCUUUGGAGCUGUCUUAACAAUUGGUGGACUUGUGGGAGCAGCGAUGUCGGGAAAACUUGCUGAUAUAUUUGGUCGAAGAGGCGCUUUAUGGGUUUCAAACUCGUUUUGCAUGGCCGGCUGGCUUAUGAUAGCCUUCUCUCAGGCGACUUGGUCCCUUGAUAUCGGAAGACUUCUCCUCGGGGUCGCAGCUGGCGUGGCUUCUUACGUGGUACCAGUCUACAUUGUAGAAAUCGCUCCCAAAAAGAUCCGAGGCGCAUUCUCAGCGAUUAACGCGCUUGUGAUGUGUGCUAGCGUCGCGGUCACAUUCCUUAUUGGAUCAGUCAUUUCAUGGCAAAAAUUAGCUCUCAUAAGUACAGUUCCUUGUGUUUUAGAAUUCAUCGGUUUAUUCUUCAUACCAGAGUCUCCUAGGUGGCUGUCUAGAAAUGGUCGGGUAAAGGAAUCGGAAGCUGCACUCCAACGCCUACGGGGGAAAAACACCGAUAUCACCAAAGAGGCUGCUGAAAUCGAAAUAUAUAUGGAAAAUAUUCAAAAAUUCAAAGAAGAUGGGUUUUUCGAGCUCUUCAAUCCACGAUAUUCUCGUGUCAUUAGUGUGGGAAUUGGAUUGCUAGUACUACAACAACUCGGAGGUCUCAGUGGCUAUACAUUUUACCUAAGCUCGAUUUUCAAACGAUCGGGGUUUCCUAACAACGUAGGAGUAAUGGUUUCGACCGUGGUGCAGUCCGUGACGAGCGUUCUAGGAAUUAUAAUCGUAGACAAAUAUGGGAGACGAUCUCUUUUAACGGUUGCGACGGUCAUGAUGUGUUUGGGGUCAUUAAUCACAGGACUAUCGUUUUUGUUUCAGGGAUACGAUUUACUUGAAAAUUACACCCCGAUUUCAACAUUAAUGGGAGUGUUGGUUUUUCAAACUUCGAUCACAAUCGGGAUAGGAGGUAUUCCAUGGGUCAUGGUCUCCGAGAUGACACCGAUAAAUAUAAAGGGAACAGCAGGGACAUUAUGCAACCUAACUAGCUGGUCUAGCAAUUGGUUCGUCUCUUACACAUUUAACUUCCUCUUCCAGUGGAGCUCUUCUGGUGUGUUUUUCAUAUAUACGAUAAUAUCGGGUGUGGGCAUCCUAUUUGUGACGAAAAUGGUACCCGAGACUCGUGGUCGUUCGCUUGAAGAGAUUCAAGCUGCCAUUACCCGAUAAACUUUGUAAAUACUAACAUUUCUUUCUUUUUAUUUUGGUGUCAAAAAUUAUAAAAAUUGUAUACAUGCAUGGCCUCACAAAAUCAAUUAAUUCAGAAUUGUUUUGGCUAAAA